AUGGCUUCCGGCUACGCUUCCCCUACCCCUCAAGAGAGCGAGGGUCCACAACUUCACCCCUACCUUCAUGGGCCUCUCCUGUACAUAUCCAAUCUCCCACCUUAUGUCACCGACGAAAACCUCGCUGGAGCCUUCCAAGCUUGCGCACCUUUCCGGCCAAACAUCCCCCGUGAUGGCAGUACCCACCCGCUUGCGGGCACUAUAGAGUUCAAAUUCCUUGAAAAAGCCGAAAAGGCACUUGCCACGCUCCAAUCUCGCCCCAUCCCAGGCCUACAGCCCCCGGUGUUCUUGGUACUCUCCCCAUACCCUCCAACGAACCCACCAACGCCCCUUCCCCCGCCGUCCGCGCAACCUCGCUUCGUCAAACAGCUCCCUCUUGGGUACACGGACUCGCAACUGUACGAUCUCUUUCGCCCCUUUGGGGCCCUUUCAUCAGCCCGCAUCCAAAGUACCUUUGGGACGGUAAACGGCAUCGUCGAAUUCUGGAGAGAAGAGGAUGCUCGUAUUGCAGAGGAAGCAAUGCACUGCGCCGACGUGGAAGGUCAGAACAUCGCCGUGCAGAUUUACCAGUCGCGUCGUGCGGCGGGCGGGCAUGCACCAGAGUUCAACGCGCAUGCGCCAACGUUUGUGCCCUCUGGGUCGGUCUUCCCUUAUCCAAGCCCGAAUCAGUAUUCGCCGUCUCGCGCUAGUCACUACCCACCCCGCAGCUCCGUCUUCGUGCAUGGCCCCGGGCAGCAAGUUCAACUCGCACCCCCGUCAGGGCCUGGAUCCAGUAGCCAUAGCGGGCUCAUUGAUCCCUGUAACCUUUUCUGCAAGAAUCUUGAUCCUGAAAUAGACUCGAAUGGGCUGUUUACUCACUUCCGCCAGUUCGGACAAAUCGUCAGUGCUCGCGUGAUGCGCAAUGAGAAUGGAGAGAGCCGUGGUUUUGGAUUCGUCUCGUAUCAAACUCCCGAUCAAGCCAACGCUGCCCUGAGUGCUAUGAACGGCACGGUCAUUGGUUCAAAGCAGCUUGUCGUCCGCCUGCACGAGCCUAAACAACUGCGGCAAGAGAAGCUUGCGCAGCGCUUUGGUCACAACGGCCACCCGAGGAGUGCCAGCGGUGCCACCAGUCCUACUGUCAGUGAGGGCGGGGACAGUUACCUCGGCUUCUCGAGUCCUCGACGGAUACCUUCUGUUCUGGCGUCGCCCAUCAUUGGUCACGGCGACCGUGACCGGGGACGAAGGGGCUCGGGCAGUUACUAUAACGCUGCUCUCGCUGGUACGCUCGACAUUCCCAUGCGCUAUGACGACCUGGCGGCACUUUCACCCGUUGUGCGCAAGGAGGUGCUCACUGGUGAGCUAAGCCGGCGUGUCAAGGCGCUGGACUCUGUUCCACCCACGGAUGUGAGCUCAGUUGUAGAGGCACUUGUCUCUCUGUCCCUCUCGGAUGUCGUUUCUGGCUUGCAAGAUCCUGCCAAGUUCGCAGACCAGGUUGCUACAGCCAAGAAUGGCACCAAGGGCGUGCUCGAAGCGCCAUCACCUGCGAAGUCGACUUCCCCAGCAACGUCUCAGGACUCCCGCUUGCUCGAUCCGAAUGCGCUUGCGACGACUGCCUCCGCACCUGAGCAUCCCUCAACGCCAGUUUCCGUUCCCGCUUCGACGCCACCGCGGACAUCCUCACCGUCUGGUUCCGUCCCUCCAUCCUCGGAAAAGGACCGUAUGCUUGCAGCUAUCUCGAGACUUGAGUCGUCACGCCAAGCCGAUCUCACGGAGCUCCUGAUGAGCUUGCCAAAGCGCGAGCGUGCAUUGUGCUUGUUCAACAACGAGAUCCUACGUUCAAAGCUUGCGGACGCUAAGGCUGUACUAGAGAGCGACGAUGGCGACGACGUGCCAGCGCCGCCUACUCCUGCAUCUGCACCUGCUGAGACGCCCGUCACGCCUGUGACCAAGAAGAUCGCUCCGGCUGCAGAUUCGCCGCACACGCCUGCGCUCUCCUCUCGCGGUCCGUCAGCGGCUCCGUCGCCUGUGCCUGCGACUCCCAGUUCUGUCGCUGGCACGUCGGAGCACACCAUUGCGUCACUCGCCAGGAUGCCCGCUGCUGACAUCAUUCGCCUCGCUAACUCCUCGAGCGCUAAGCUGCCCCAUUUGCCCAAAGCGGAUCCUCUGGUGGUGAAGGCGACGGACGAGUUCAUAGAUUCGCUCCAGAAUAAACCCGUUCAGUCACAGAAGCAGCAACUUGGCGAUAAACUCUGGCGCUCAAUCAAGGCCUUUGGCAUCAAGGGCGCGCCGAAGCUCACAAUUUCUCUGUUGGAUCAGGAGGAUCUACGCUCCCUUGCACACCUCAUGAACAGCUAUCCCUCUGUGCUCAAGGAGAAGGCCCUCAUUAUUCAGGCGCAGAACGCUGGAAAGUAG